UCAAAUUCACUCUAUUUUUAUUUUUCAUCUGAAAAUGGUUCCAAUAUGGUUCUCAUGUAUCUUCACUAUCUUUUCUUCUUUCUUUUACUUGAAGUCAAGUUGUGAGCUCAUAAAUUCUCUUCCUGGACAACCUCCAAAUAUUAUUUUCAAACAACACUCUGGUUAUAUUAUUACAAAUUCUCAAAAGGGUAGAGCUCUCUUUUAUUACUUUGUCGAAGCAGAUUCAGAAAAUGCAGCAUCACUUCCCCUUACUUUGUGGCUCAAUGGAGGCCCUGGUUGUUCAUCUGUGGGUUUUGGUGCUUUUAUGGAACAUGGUCCUUUUCAGCCAGGGAAAGAUGGGAGCCUAAUAAAAAACAAGUAUUCUUGGAAUUUAGAAUCAAACAUGUUAUACGUUGAGUCUCCGAUUGGAGUAGGAUUUUCAUACUCGAAUACAAGCUCAGACUACACCAAUUGGGAUGAUGUUGCAACAGCAAAGGAGAAUCUCCAAUUUAUCCACAACUGGUUAGAGAAAUUCCCCGAAUAUAGAAACUCGGAUUUGUUUUUAGCUGGUGAAAGUUAUGCAGGUCACUAUAUUCCACAGCUUACAGUAUUGCUGAUUGAUUACAACAGAAAGCCUAAUGUUAAGCCAAUCAAGCUUAAAUCAAUAGCACUGGGGAAUCCACUACUGGAUCUUGAAAUAAGCGUUAAGUCUUCCGAAUACCUAUGGUCACAUGGCGCAAUUUCUGAUGAACUCUUUACUAUGAAAAGAACAAUAUGUAACGAAACGAGGUUGUUGUUGGAAUCAAUACAUAAUAAUAUGUCUAACGAGUGCUCAGAAGUGUGGGAACUCACCAAUCGGGAGAUGGGAAGUGAUACAGAUAUGGGCGAUCUGCUCGCGCCAAUAUGUGUAUCUUCUGGUGCAGCAGGACAACUAGGAGCCCUUGAAAAACAUGCCACAAUACAUGAAAAGGAUCUCCGAAAAAUUGCUGAUCCAUGCCUUACUGAUAGGAUACAUCUGUAUCUUAACAAACCAGAAGUUCAAAAGGCACUACAUGCCAACACCACUCACCUGCCAUAUGCCUGGGAUUUUUGUUUGGGGCACCUUCACUAUCAGAGAGGUGAUUUAGCUAUAAAUGUUAUACCUCUACUGUCAAAUAUUCUAAAAGAGAAUAUCCAAGUUCUGCUUUACAGUGGAGACCAAGAUACAAAAAUCCCACUGACCCAAACUAGGAAAAUUGCCAAACUGCUUGCUGGAGAUUUAAAGCUAGUUGCUUUAGAUAAAUAUGGUCCUUGGUAUGAUGGUUUGCAGAUUGGAGGAUGGAGUCAAUCAUUUGGAGAGCUAAGAGAAGGCAAAAAUGUUACAUAUUUAACAUUUGCUACAGUUCGGGGUGCAGCUCAUGAAGUGCCCUAUACUUCUCCUUCACAAGCUCUUACACUUUUUGGAGCAUUUUUGAGAGGACAUCCUCCACCGCGAAAGAACAACGCCAUUCGAGCCAAGAAGAUGCAUAACCCUAUCGAUCUGAUGAACCUCUUUUCAAUUGCAAUUUAGAUUUCAAUAACAGAUUUUCGAGGUUUAUUUUGUUAUCUCUGUUUUAUACUUUAAUUUUUUAAUUGUGACUUGGAAAGUUUAAAGCUAUGUUACUUUAUAGAAAUGUGUAUUUGUUCAAGCAAACUAAAAGAGAGAUAAUGUCACAUAAAAU